AUGGACUGGGAUGCGCUCUGUUUCAACAUCGCAACGUUGAUUGCGGGUGUUUUUGUCCUCGACUAUGGCGCCGACAAGUUCAUUGACCACACCGUCAUCGUGGGCCGGCGGUUGGGCAUUUCGCCGACUUUGAUUGCUCUCUUGACCGCUGGAGCCGAAUAUGAAGAGCUCGCCGUCGUCGUCGCGGCCCUCGCACAGCACCGCAGCCCUCUGGCCCUGGGCAACGUCCUGGGAUCGACCAUCUCCAACAUCCUUGGGGCCUUUUCGCUCGGACUCCUUUGUCGACCUGGUGGGAUGGAAUGCGACAGAAGUGCCAAAAUGUAUUCGGCGCUUUUGCUCUUCAUCACGACCCUUUUUGUUGCGUUGGCUUUGUUCCACCAGCUGAAUCGCAUCAGCGGUGCGAUCCUCAUCGCCGUCUUCGUUCUCUAUGUUGCAUCUAUCGGAUAUGCGAUUUACAAAGGCGUCACUGAGCCGCCUGCCCUAUCCGACAGUGACAGCGACAGUGACAGCGACGCUGAAAUAGCCAACCCACCCCAUGGACAGAGUAGCUGGACGCAAGCUUCCGAACGGUCCCCGCUCCUGGACAAUGCAAAUCCAUCCCCAGAACCAACACCUCCCCCUGAAAACAACACAGUCCAGCGCCUCCCACGGCCCCUCCACCACCACAUCACCCAGCUCAUCUCCGGCCUGCUCGCGCUCUCUCUAUCCGGCUACAUCCUCGCCCACAGCGCAGGCGCCCUCGCCGACACGCUCCACCUCUCCGGCACCGUCUUCGGCCUGACCGUCGUCGCAUUCGCCACGACCCUACCCGAGAAACUCAUCGCGCUCCUCGGCGGCGCCCGCGGCCACGGCGGGAUCGUCGUCGCAACGACCGCCGGCAGCAACAUUUUUCUGCUGACGCUGUGUGUGGGUGUUGUGGCGGUGGCGGGGAUUCCGGUGGACCAGGCGAACGACGGGCUUGUUCUUUUUGACUUGGUUACCGUCUGGCUGGCGGCGGGGUGUUUUGCCGCGGUGGUCUUUUUGGGGCUUGGGCGGGGCGCCGGGGUUGUGCUUCUUGGUUUGUAUGGUGUGUUUGUCGUCCUUGAGUUGACUGUGUUUAGAAGAUGA